AUGUAUGUUAAUGAUCUCUUUUCUCCUAAUGGAAAAUUCUGGAAUUCUUUGUUAAUCAGGGAGUUAUUUGAUUCUGUUAUGGCGGAUGUUAUUGUUCAUGUUCCGUUAGUUGAGGAAGUGCAUGAAGACAAGUGGAAUUGGAAGGAGGAGGAAAAUGGUUGCUAUAGUGUCCGUUCGGGCUACAGAUUGUGGAGAAAGGAUCAAGUGGAAUCGGCUUCAGGUGGUGUGGACGGUGACUGGUGUAGUCUUUGGAAUAUCAAGGCUCCCCCAGGAUCUAAACAUUUACUUUGGAGGAUUUGUCGUGAUUGCCUUCCGACGAGAACGAGGUUACGAAAUUAUCAUGUUAAUUGCCCUCUUCGAUGCCCGUUUUGUGAGGAUAUGAUGGAGGAUUCGUGGCAUGUGUUCUUUGGUUGUAACACUACUAACCGAUGUUGGCAAAUAACAGGUUUGUCCAAUAUUAUUGAUCAUCGUUUACAAAAUUUCCAUGAUGUAAAAUCCUUAAUUCUUGAUAUUUGUAGCAAGGAGGAUAGUAUGACUGCAGGGAGAGUUGCGGUUAUGAUUGAUACUUUGUGGAAAAAUCGGAACAAUAUGGUUUGGAACAAUGAAAGAGAAGAUUAUUCUAAACUUGGUUUGAAUGCUUUUUGUAGCUGGCAAGAAUGGUUUCUGGCACAACGGUAUGGUACUAAUGAGGAGAAUAGGUCUUUCAUUCGAAGGUGGGAACCACCGGAGGAAGGUAGUAUCAAAUGUAACGUGGAUGCAGGUUAUAAUAAUUCUCGAGGUACUACUAAUCGAGGCUGGUGCAUGAGAGACCAUAUGGGGAGAUUUAUGUUUGCAGGUGCAGCUUGGGAUGUUGGCCAUUAUCCGAUUCUUGAAGCGGAAGCUUUGGCUCUUAAAGAAGCUAUUCAAAGAGCCAUUGAUUUGCAGGUGCAAAAUGUUAUUUUUGAAAGCGAUUCCCAAAGAACGGUACAAGCUAUUCGUAGUAACCACCAAGGUGUCUCAGAGUUUAGCUGCAUAAUUUCUUCUAUUCAUAGUUUGUUGCUUAAUUUUCCUAACUUCGAGGUGAAGUUUGUUAAACGCCAAGCGAACUCGGUUGCUCACUCUAUAGCGAAGGCGGCCGAUUCUUGGACUAGGCGUAGUUUAUUUGAUAUGAUACUUCUUUGUAUUGAACAACUUUUACUUCAUGAUAUGAAUUGA